ACUGCCACUGAUGAGCUGUCGGCUGAAGAGCUAACCGAUGACGGAAGCAAUAUUUACGAGCAGGCCAAUCCACCGCCUGGUCCCUGGCAGCCCAACGUUGUUGGAAGCAGCGUAAACACUGCAGUAGGAGGAGGACACAGCGGCCACACUAGUGGCGGCAUCCCUCUCGGAGGUAGCCAGGGCGGCUAUGGGGGACUACAUGGCCAGGGGGUGGCUCUGGGGAGUCUCGUUUCAUCGUUGGCGGGAUCACAGCGCUACACAGCCCACCAACAGGGCGGGGGACCACCCGGUAACGCUACUUCUCUAGCCGGACAACAACAACAACCAAAUGCCUGCCAUAAUCAGAUCAUUACGAGAAAAUCCAAUGGAACAGGCAGUUCAGGUACAAACUCUGAUGAUGAUGGAACGUACGCGAAUGAAAGCGAGUUGACAGCCCUCAGUUCAACUGGCUCAUCAUCUAACAAUAAUAACAACAACAACAAUAGUCAACAACAGCAGCAGCCACAGACAACUGCUAUCACGACGGUGGCCUGUACGGGUACGACAAGCACAGGCCCGUUGCUAAACGGUUCAGCUCCAGCCAACAUCACUGCCGCACAAGCAGCCCUCAUGCUUCAACAACAACAACAACUUCAAAGGAACGGACCUCCAGCGCCACCUAGAAACCUCACGAUGGGGGGCCCUAUGGGCCCCGGAGGCAGAGCUGGCUCAACGCAGUAUGUGGGCGCUUGCUCACCGGACAAUAGUCCCCACUACGAACAAGCGCGACAUGCUCCAUACUAUUAUACUCCAAACGAGUUAAAAAGCAACACGUUAACCAAUACGAGCAAACACGGCGGUCUCGCAGCUUCGACCAAUUCGCAUAUCUACCAUUGCGGCGAUGACCAUCUGCAGACGAAGACCGCUACCGCAGACGGUUACUCACCGUUUGCCUAUUCUGGCACCAUGAAUUCGACUGUUCCCGUUCGGCCCGUGCAGAGCAAUCCUCGGCCGUACCACACAUUAAGCCAACUGAAUAACGCGCAGCACGGAGCGCAGAUCGCUGGAUCUCAGUAUCAAUUUCAUCAGCCAAAUCGGAAUCUUCGAAAGGCCCUGGAGUCAGGCUUUAGUUGGAAAUGUUCGGCGGUCGCGUUCAUCUUUAUCGCUCUCGCACUUCUCGCCGCCACUGGAUACAUUUAUUUUACCCGGACAUCGGGUCGAACUGGCCAGCAUAUGCCUGUCGUCGUGACGGACCUACGCUCAUCCGAGACGUUGGACACACGGCCAAACCUUAAAAAUCCGGAUACAUUACCGACGAAAACAGUUCCCCCUGCUACAGUCGAUUCAUUUACUGAGCUCUCCGUUGGUCAUCGACACUCCCACACGAUAUUCGCGUAUGGCCAUUGGAACGUACAAUUCGUACAAAGUGAAGCAGCACUGGUUAAGUUCAACUACACGUUACCUUCAACUGCGAGCUUAGCUGUAUAUGGACGUCGUAACAGCGUUCCGACGCAUACCCGAUACGACUUCUCUGAGAUACUCAACGCCCGAUCAUCGGGCAUUCGUAGCCGCAAGGCCGCUACGUCGCAGGAAAUGGUUUCUAUCGAAUUUAUUCAUUUUCUCGAUCGCGGCCACUGGUAUUUGUCGAUCUAUAACGAUGGUGAUCAGCAAGAAGAGGUGUCCUUUGUGUCACGAGUAGCCGAUGUAUCUUCGCUUCCUUGUCCGUAUGACUGUCACGGCCAUGGAACUUGUAAUAUGGGCAAAUGUGACUGUGAUCCUGAUUUUACUGGCGAAGCGUGCGCCUAUCAACUCUGCCCAGUGUUGUGCAAUGGUCGCGGCAGCUACUCUGGAGGUCGAUGCGUAUGCCAACCAGGUUGGAAGGGCACUGAGUGUCAACUACGAGACGAAGAGUGCGAGCCAGCAGAUUGUUCAGGACAUGGAGAGUGCAUUGAUGGUGCCUGCAAAUGUUUCCAAGGAUACAAAGGUUCUGCUUGCGAUCAGGUGGACUGUAUUGAUCCCGACUGUUCGGGUCACGGGAUCUGUCUAUCUGGCCAAUGUAUCUGCAAAAAAGGCUGGAAAAGCGUCGACUGCUCUCAACCGGAUGAGGAAGCUCUUCGCUGUCUACCCGAUUGUUCAGGACAUGGCCGAUUCGAUGUCGAGUUACAGCGUUGUGUCUGCGAGGCGCCUUGGAGUGGACCUGACUGUGCAGCAGAGCAAUGUGCAUUGGACUGUGGUGAAAGGGGCCGAUGCCGCGGGGGUCGAUGCGAAUGCCUAGAAGGCUGGGCAGGACCAAAGUGUGGUCAGAGACUCUGCGAUCCCCGAUGUUCCCAACCACACGGUCAGUGCCGAAACGGAACUUGCGUCUGUGCUAUCGGAUGGAACGGAAAGCAUUGCACCAUGGAGGGUUGUCCUGUAGGAUGCAACCGUCAUGGCGAGUGUGUGAGUGUAGGCGGUGAAUGGACCUGUCGCUGCCAUGAUCCUUGGUCUGGAUCCAGUUGCAGCCAAGCCUCCGAGAGGAAGUGUGGAGACCGAGUGGAUAAUGAUGGAGAUGGUUUGGUGGACUGCGCUGAUUCCGAAUGCUGCUCGGCGCCUGAGUGUGCGUCGAAUCCACUUUGCUUCCAAUCAGCCGACCCCCGCGACGUGCUGUUGAGGAAGCAGCCGCCGGCGGUGACCGCAAGCUUCUUCCAACGGACGCAGUUUCUCAUCGAGGACGACUCGGUGCAAAGCUACGCAGUCAAAGGAGCUUUCAACCACAGCACGCUUUGGAAGCAUUUCAACUCGAGCCGCGCAUCGGUUCUACGAGGACAGGUGGUAUCUUCUUCACAUGCGCCAUUAACGGGGGUAAGAGUCGGAGUAGCUUCUGACGUUACCGCUGGAUUUACAGUUUCAAGAAGUGACGGUUGGUUUGACCUCAUGGUAAAUGGAGGAGGAGCUGUGACCUUACAGUUCCGCAGGGACCCGUUCAAGAUCCAUGAGCGGACACUUAUGGUUCCUGUGAAUGACAUUUUGGUUCUGGGUGAGGUAGUCAUGACACCCGGUGAACUAAAGGCUGUUGAUGGGCCCAAGAGUAACGCCAUCUGUACUGAACACGAUUUCGAAGCAAUGACACCAGUAAUUAUGGCAACAUGGCGGCAUGGCUUCCAAGGCGGCUGUAGUAAUCGUUCAGCCAUACUUGCUGAAUCGCAGGUUGUACAAGAAUCCCUGAAUAUACCUGGCACUGAUCUGCACCUUGUUUACCAUUCAAGUCGUGCUGCGGGAUAUUUUUCCACCAUCCAGCUUAAGCUAACACCUGACACGAUACCUGCGAGCCUUCGAUUGAUCCAUUUGAAAAUCUAUAUCGAAGGCGUGAUGUUCGAACGGGUGUUCGAAGCUGACCCUGCCAUCCAGUUUACGUAUGCGUGGAAUCGAAGAAAUACGUACAGACAAAAGGUCUACGGAAUCGCUUUGGCACACGUGCAUGUCGGAUACGAAUACUCAACAUGUUCAGACAUCAUCUGGGAAAUCCAAACAACCCCGGUAAGCGGGCACGACAUGUCCAUCUCGGAAAUUGGUGGUUGGAAUCUUGGAAUCCACCAUCGCUACAACUUUCAUGAGGGAAUCCUUCAGAAGGGUGACGGUGCUAACGUCUACCUUAAGAACAAGCCGAAAGUCUUGUCAACCAUAAUGGGCAGUGGUGAAGAAGGCCAACAACGUAAUCUUCAUUGUCCGGUUACUCAAUGUAAUGGCUUGCCACGUGACCAACGCCUUAUGGCACCGGUCGCCCUAGCAAGCUCACCUGAUGGUUCAAUAUUUGUCGGUGACUUCAAUCUCAUUCGGCGCAUUUCACCAGAUGGUGGACAAGUAGUCACUGUUGUCGAGCUGCCACCCUCUCAAAUUGCCUAUUCUUACCAUCUGGCUGUCGGACCGGCCACGGGUCAUCUCUAUAUCUCCGAUCCCGAAAGACACCAGGUGCUGCGUGUAGUUCGUUUGGAAGCUGUAGAGGAUCCCAGAAACAACCUUGAAGCUGUAGUCGGCUCAGGAGCUAAGUGUUUGCCAGGAGAUAAGUUGUUCUGUGGAGAUGGCAGACCUGCUCGAGAAGCUAAACUAUCGUAUCCCAAAGGCAUCGUUGUGUCUAUGUAUAAAGAAAUAUACAUCGCUGAUGGAACUAAUGUUCGGAUGGUCGAUCGUGCGGGUAUCAUGAAUACCCUUGUUGGUGAUCAUCAUCAUAAAGCUCACUGGAAGCCACUAUCGUGCGCUGGGACUCAUUUGUUGGGGCAGACAAAUCUUAAAUGGCCCUCAGAACUAGCUAUCAAUCCUGUGGACAACUCGUUACACAUUCUCGAUGACCACAUCGUCCUGCGACUGACGCCCGACCGCCGUCUUCGCGUCAUCGCUGGAAAGCCGGUCCACUGUGCCAGUACUCAGACAAACGGCAAAGGGGACUUUGCCACAGAAGCGCUAUUAGAAUCCCCAAUGGCUAUCACCUUCUCUCCGCAGGGUGAUCUUUAUAUAGCUGAAAGCGAUUCACAAACAGUGAACCGAGUACGGGUGGUAAGUCCAGAUGGAAAGCUGACUCACGCUGUGGGUGUAGUUGAAGCUAAAUGUUCGUGUCUUGACAUCAACUGUAAGUGUUUCGACCCCAACGAAGUGCUAGCAACCGCAGCUAAAUUCGACUCAAUUUCUGCCUUGACAGUUACACCAGACGGUACACUGCAUAUCGCUGAUAAAGGCAACCAUAUGAUCCGAUCGAUUGUCAAUCAGCUGCCCUCGCCGUCCGGUCCUCAACAUGCGAUUGAUAUCUAUUCGCCGGAAACCCAGGAAGUGUAUACAUUUAACCGGCAUGGUCAACACACUUCUACUCGGAACAUUGUUACAGGCCAAACCAAGUACACGUUUACUUACAAUGUUAAUACAGCUAACGGAAAACUGAGCUCGGUCACCGACGCUUCGGGCAAUAAAGUUUUCAUCCUGCGUGACACCAGCCACCAGGCAAAAUCGAUUGAGAACAGCCAAGGGGGCAAAUGCGUCUUGGAUAUUGGCUCGCGGCAUUCGAUGCUGCUGUCGUUCGCCACCGCAGACGGACAUAAGACCUCGUUCGAGUACCACGGCUCUAACACAGCGCUUCUAAAGUCAAAAUCAGACAGCUCUGGCCGCUCGGUCCUGUACUCAUACGAUCAUUACGGCCGACUGACUGACGCCAUUGCCCCUAGCGGAGAACAUAUUCGCUUGUCGUACAGUCUUAGCAUCCGCGGAGCCUCCGUUAUGGUUACACGAAACGGACGCGAAACCUCUGAGCUUCUAAUUCAAGGAGCCCACGGCGUCGUAAGCCAGAAGGGCUCGGUUGAGGAAAAAGUAAGAAUGGGGGCAGAUAACGGACUUGUUCUAGGGCAGGAUAACGGCCUAAUCAAAGACAUCGAAACUCAAGCGUUCCCGCUUCUUACGGAUAUGAACUCUGUGUACUCCGAGAUUUUCCCUGUUCCAACGAAACUGAGGCUUGGACUUAGCGAAGAUAUAACUCAACGGCUUGAAUGGCGGUACUACGCGAAGCCUGAAAGUGGCGUAGGCCGCAAAAGGACUGGCAUCGAUCAGGUGGGUCGACGUGCGAAGGUUAACGGAGAAAACCUGUUCGCAAUCGAAUUCGAUCGGCAACUUAAUACCGAAUCGGUCAUCGACAAGAAUUCUAUGGCUUUACUGACGGUCAAAUACAACCACAAGGGACAGCCAGAAUCGUGGACGCCGAGGGCCAAUAUCACUGGAGUAACGCUUGAAUACGACCGCUUUGGCCGUGUGACAAAAUGGGAGCGUGGUGAUCUCAUUGAAAGCUAUUCGUUUGAUUUAGCCGGCAGAUUAACUGACGUGCGUUACGCAGACCAUUCAGGCGUCAUCUACAAGUACGCCGAAAGUCCCGCUACUGUGCCGAAUGAAAUCAUCCUACCCAGCGGAAGCCGCUAUCAGCUGAUGUAUAAUGGACACUCGAGCUUACAGAGCGUCAUAACUCCAAACGGUCAUCGACACGAAAUCGCCUCGCAGACAUCGCUCGGCUUCUACAAACUGUUGUACCUACCUCCGGGCGCGAACCAUCCGUACGUAGUGCACUACGACGAGCGCGGCUUGGUGAUAGCCAAGUAUUAUCCACACUCGUUGGGGCGUGUCUCGUACGCGUAUAAUGACGAAGGCCGAUUGGCCACCGUACUAUGCGGGCAGGAGAGUACCAACUUCUACUAUGGAAACAAUAGCGCACUCGUGAAGUCUAUUACUAAAAACGUUCCAUUGCUGGAUACGCGAGUUGACUAUAGGCAUCACGGGAGCCUGCUUAAGGAAGAACGAUUCCGGUACAAUUCGAAGAGCCAGCUGGACAGCGUAAAACUUAAGUAUAUUUAUGAUGGAGGGAGGCUGUCGUCGGCAGACGUGGAGAUUGGAGGUAAAAGUACCUUUCAAGCUCGAUAUCGAUAUAACGUUGUCACAGGUCAAUUGGAACAGACUCACCAGUUUACUAUUAAUCGGCCUAAGCAGAACUCUGUGUUUAUUCAAGACGAACAGCGGCAAUUUAGUACAACUGUCCAGUUCGAUUCGUUUGGUCGAAUUGAAGCUCUAGCCCUGUCACUAUGGAACAAGGAACUCUUUGCCUACGUACCUAGGUACAACAACCGUAACCAAAUUGUGGCCAUUACCUCAAAGGUUGGCAAAGACGCCACCCCCGUCGAAACAAGGUUUAAUUACACACUCGACGGCUUCUUACAACUGGUAGAACCGGUGUCUUCCCCUGCUCAGUCUUGGCGUUAUGCGUACGAUAUCAACGGAAACCUUGAGAUGAUUCAAGAAGGCCCAAAACAAACCCACUUAAAAUACGACGCCGGCGAUCGUGUUGUUGGUUAUGGAGCUACUGAGAGCAUGUACAAAGCUGAUGCCAGGGGUUUCAUUACAAGACGCGGUGAAGAAUACUUCGAGUAUAAUGCCGAAGGUCAAAUGGUGCACGCAUGGCAGAACCGUGCCUAUGAUAUACACAUGUUCUACGAUCAGCGUGAUCGUCUCGUCGCCACCAAGGAUCACCGUGGCGGAAUUACGCAGUAUGUGUACGCCGAUCCAUUGCAUCCAGAACGUAUGACACACGUACAUCAUCCGAAGACUGGUGCCAGUAUUUCCUUUGUUUAUGAUAAUCGAGGCCACUUGAUGCAUAUCCUUAAAAAGGACAAUAGCAAAUUCUAUGUGGCUUGCGACCACCGCGGUACCCCAAUGGCCGUCUUCACUCAAGACGGAUCUGUGAUUAAGGAGAUCAGACGCGCACCUUUCGGGCAGGUGACUUACGAUAGUAACCCUGACUUCUUACUCCCCGUCGACUUCCUCGGUGGAAUUCGCGAACCUGUUACCCACUUGGUGUUCUAUGGGUCCCGGCCUUACGAUCCGACAUCCGCGCAGUGGCUGACGCCUACGUGGGAACGAGUGUUCAGUUUAAUCGCACAUCCACCAUUGGUCCAUCUUUAUCGCUUUAGGAAUAACGAUCCUAUCAACGCCGAUCAAAUACCGGAUAAAAUGACCACACUGGACUCAUGGCUUGUAGCUCUCGGGUACGAUCUAUCGAAGGUGAUUGUUCAGCCCCCACAAAUCAUGACGAGCCCCGUAGUAGGACAAGCUUAUCUCGUUCCCCUUACCGCGCCGACGCUACCUAUUGUCUCAGGUUUAAAUUGCCUCGCCAGUGAAAUCGCCGCCGAUUUCAGCAGACCUUCCGCCGUGGUACCAAGUGUAGUUAAAUCAAGUCAAGGUUUAUUUGAACGAGCAAUCAAUUCCCGUAUAGCGAGCUUACCAGGCGUAUUCGGCAAUGGAAUCUUACUCAAUCGACAGCCAUCAGGCACCGUUAAGGUGCACGUCCUGGCCGAGGCCACACCAAUUUUGCGUGAUGUCAUCAGCUCCGUUUUCAACAACACUCUCAUGCUCGACGUGCAUUUCAAUCAGCACGGCAUCGACUUAUUCUACUUUUCGCAGCCACAGCUUUCGAAAGCGGAUCGUGAUUGGGAGCAGUUGGGCAGAUUAGGAUCAACCCUUUUCAAUAUCACUCGUCAUCCUGUAGUCGACAGCGAGAGUGGCCGAAGACAACAGAUCGAUAUCCGAGUGCACAGCGCUAAUGUAGCUCUCAACAUUAAGUACGGAGCGACCGAAGCGGAGGAAAAACAGCGUGUCAUCAAUCACUUCAGAAGAAAAGCCGUUCAGGAGGCGUGGGAGUUAGAAGCGGCACGAGUAGCGAUUGGCCACAAGGGUAGCACUCACGAUUGGUCGCGGGCCGAGCGCGACGAGCUAAUGGCCAAUAAAAAGGUUGAACGAUAUUAUCCAAACGAUAUUCACGGCAUCGAUGCGUAUCCGGGUCUAGCCGACGAUCCCACCAAUAUCGCCUUCCGCAAAGAAAGCGCGCGCAAGAGGCGAGCAAAGUUCCGUCGAAGGAAGGAACAGAAAGACAGGGAGCAGAAAAACAACAAUAAGGAGUCCAGUAAAGACGGAAAGAACAAGGUUAACAAAGACAAUAAUAAUGAUAGUAACAGUAAUAAGGACAUCAAAGAGCACAAGUAGAGAAAAUAGCUAUGGACUAGGUGUCGACCAGCAUCAAGCUAGCCUCAAAGCAGCACUCUUUGAAAUACGUAGUGUACGUCUGAACUAAGGCCUUUAACUCUGUUAACAGAUACGAUUAGUUUUGAUUUUCAAUCUUAUAAUGAGUCCGGCUCACACUACCGCCGAGUAACUGAGCUCUGCUGGUACGCCGAAUAGCUUUACCGGUGAUGUCGUUGUUACUACGUAGACUUUGAAAUGGAUCAGUAUUCAAACAGUAAAAUAACUAUAAAAUCAGGGAUAUGCAUAAGAACAAUCCUUCUUGCCUCGACUCUCUGUGCAAAAAAAGAAACAUGGAAUGAGCUAAGCUUCCAGCCAGUGCUCCACUCGAAUAGUUCCAGUGGCGAUGUAGACGAAAUGGCAGAGAGCUAGAAUGAGACGUCACGUUCUGAAGUGUCAAGAGUAUUUUUUAAUUUAAAAGUCCUGAUGACAACAAUGAAAAUAACAAAUACAAUACUGUGUAUAUUCUAGUCCAUGUACAUAUGCUUUGACAAAAAAAAACUGAGUGAACGGCUCAGUCCGGAAGUCCUGCCCGAAAGUAAAAAAAAAAAAUAUGAAAAUCGACAAAAAUUAGUAAUUGAAAGAUAUACAUAAUACUGAUGAUGAAUAAUUGUGCUAUACGUGAACGAGUGACAGACAUAACAGACAAUAAUUGAAGAGAAUUUCCUACGAAAUCGAAUAAAUUAAUGGUGCGGUUAGGCACUCGCGAGUUCGUUCUCCAGGGUUUGUUGAUUGCAGCACCCCCCAGACUAAGCAGGGGGCUUAAUCAGUCCCGAUGACUGGAAGGAAGCAAAGUAGAAAGAGUGGAUAAUGCUGAUAACUAGAUAAUGUACAGUGAUUGAGACAUUUGCCGUAUCGUAUACGGGCUCUGUAUUAUAAACGAAAGAGAUACAUAAGUUUACAUAAAGAGGAGACGGAGAAAAGGAACACAGGUGGUACGUGCAUGGGCCACAGUGUGAUUACAUCAAAAUCAAGGGCAAACAUGUCAAGCGGCAGGCAUCAUCUCAGCGAAGUACAUGUUCAAGGAAACAGCAAAUUAUGAAUUGUUUUGCAACUAUGAAAAUUCCACUUGGUUGUUCUCGGCCACGAAGCGGAGCGACCACCUUGUAGGCCCUUAAGUGAACCUAAAACGUCAAGAUCUAAUUUAAUUUUAGCUAAUAGAUGCAGGACAGUGCUGAGAGAUGCAGCCUUGACCAGGUAUAUAAACAGACACAAAGACAAACGUAGAUUCACUCAUAGAAACAUGGACGACGUUAACGAAUAGUUACGGCGAUAUCGUAGGAACUCAUCUUCUUAGAGUUGUGUGCGGGGGCAGUAUCUGCGACACACAACUAAGCAAAAAAAACAUUUCAACUGAAUGAACCGAUGAGCAAGGCGCCAUGUGAUGUUUAACUGUAAAAAACUUCAACAGUAGAUAUAAUAGUGUGAAAUAUGCACGAAGUUGAAAUACGAAGGUCCAGUGUCAUAAAGGGUGUGGAUAAUGGAACAAUUCAUCAGUUCAAUGUUCACCAUCAUUACUACUUCUGUGAACUAGAAAAAAAGAUCAAUGAUAUAUACGGGCGGGAAACAUCUUGGACUCGUCGACACCGCCAAAUAUCAAUUUUCCAAAUCACACAUCCAAAUACAUCGGUAUGGAGCUGUGCGUGCCGUUGAUUUGUGAAAGCUCUCAAUAUUCAACGCCACCUAAUUACCCCCCAGUGUGCUUUUUUUUUUUUUUCGGUUUUUUGCCUUGCGAUAGUAUUUUUUGUAUAUUCUUCCGCUGUCUGCUUAACCUAGAAGAGUUGGAGGCGUAGUUACCUACUAACAGCCAACGCUCACACAGACACAGAGAAAAAACAACCCCAGAUUAACAAAUUACGAUCAAUCGGUAGGACUUUAAGUGAGCUGAACGAUUCACAUUUUAAAACUACGAUUUUAAUUAUCAUAAAUGCGGCUUAUUCGGUUCCCUUCGCUAACCCUGUUCUGUAUAUUCCUACGAUUUUAUUUUAUAAAAGCAGCACAUUGGCAUACAAACCACAUGGACGCCAUAUGUUCGUCUGCAAAGCGAGUUCAUCUAUCCCUCGAAGCAUCAUUGUGUGUACAAGGGCGUUCGGUACAAUUUCGUGAAUUUCAUUAAAAGAACGCAUUUUUCUACAUGCGCCGAUAGAGAAACAUUACUAAACGACGCGUUUGUUCAGCUCGAUUGCCACUCUCUCAUCGAAGUCUCCCUAGAGUAGGCCACCACACAAACGUUCAGCAGACUUAAACUUAUGACUAAUAGUAAGAUAAAAAUACUAAAAACCCAAAAGCCCAAUUCAGCCCAUACGAAUAAUUAUGGCAAACCACACGAACGAGCCUAUAGAAAAUACCAUCUUAAAAACAGCAUACAAUAACCGUAUCUAAAUUCGAGGAUCGCCAGAGAUGGCUUCCGAGGCUCUUUUCGAUGAAUUCCUUUUUUCAUUCCCCGAUGUCCUCAGUCACCGAAUCCCUCUUCUAUGUUAGCAUGCGAAUAUCUUUCACGAACCCUUCGCACGCCUUAUAUUGACCGGCGACAGCAUUAGAUGUCUACUACAGUCUAUAAUCGUGAUGGAACCUAUCCGCUACGACGUCUUUGGACUAUAUCCACUUCGCUCUUCUUCCUGGUCUAAUUCAUUAUUUACUGUUUUUUCAUAUACGAAUUAAAUUGCCUCAUGACCUUCUAUCUUCCCAUCCGUUUUUGUCAGUUUCUUUCAAUCGCAUGCUGUAAAUUUAUUUUGUUUUUUUUUAAAAAUAGUGUGAUUUACCAGCGUACUUGGCUGUGUGAGACCAUAUGACUUGCCUGACCUCCUUGCUCAAGAACUAACAAGAACAAACUCUAAUUACGCGAUAAGCUGUAGCGAGUACAGAACGAUGACGAGGAACGCAAAAAAGGAAAAGCUUUAGGAUCUACUUAAACUUUUCUUGCUAUCAGGAGCAAACGGAAACACUACACGACGUUUUGCUGUCCUCAGACUUACUUUAUUGUUAUAGGAAAAUCAUUAUAUAAAAUAAAUUUUAAUGUGAAUAAUUAUGUAUGUACAUUUGUCGCGAAAUAUUUCUAUCCGUACACGUGUGUAAGUGUGCAUAUAUGUACUGAAAAAAAUUUUGGUCUAGCUACGGAUGACAAGUGUGCGUGGCAUAGAGGAUAUUAACAAAAGAACAAACAUUCAGACUUUACAUUGUUUUGCAAUACAUCGAAUCAAACGACUGAUUACUUGCGCGACUGUACACUAAGUUAGUUCUUGGUAAAGUUUCUAAUUCAUCCGGUAUUGAGCUGAGUAGAAUUCAGGGACGGAUUUGGCUACUCGGAAACAUUAUAGACAAAGACAAAACAUGCACUAUUACCAAUAUGUGUUAUCGCAGGAAACGUCACUAAAGAGCACACAAGUAUAUAUAGACGCGUUCUCGUAUGUGCGUAAGUUCAUAUAAAAACCCAACAGAUGAAAACGAUGGAACGUGAAGUUUAUAAAGUGACACGUAACACAGCGAUGUAGAGUAAAAACGUGGAAAAAAAAACACAGCGGAACAACUAAACUGGUCGUGCCAAAUCUCAGCCGUCGAUGGAAAUCUGUAAAAUAUUUAUAAAAAAUAAAGGAGAGCAUUGUUAUGUACGAAAGAACACCGACAUAUAGCACGGCGUAUGCUAAAGAACACGAAGGACAACGAUGACCUAUCCGACGUGUACCUAGAGUAGGAAAAGGAGUUGCAAAUAUCGGCGCAAGUAAACACAAAAGAGAUUUUGAAGAGAAGCCGUAAAUUGACAUUCUUACCAGAAAUAUUCACGGUACCAUAUAUGGUUAUCUAUUUCACUACCUAGCAUACUAACAAGAUAUACAUGUCUUGUGAAGAAAAACAGUUUAUGUAUUGUAACAUGGUAUCUCUAUGUAAGGCUAAACACGUAAUUUUGAUCAAUUAAUGUGUACUAUAGUCUAAUUUCUGUCGAAUGAGCUUUCGAGCGAAGCAACGUUUGAAGGACGGGCACAAAAAAAAAGAAAAAAAAAAACAACGAGAAUGAUAAUCUCUAAAGCAAGCUGGAUAUUGAUUAUACAAGAGCCAUUAUUAUUAUUAUUACUAUAAAUGUAAUGAUGACUGUGGAUUAAAUUGAGCAAUGCUGGAAAAUUUGGUGGAUCCCAAACCGGACGUUACUCAGAGCCAGAUGAAUAGUGUUGUCGCAAGCUGCUCUCACACGCUAUCCUUACGUGGAUAGAAAAACAUUACAAAGAUUCAUUUUUAAGUAACGAAAAAAA